AUGGAGGAACAUAUACGUCAGAGCAUUUCCAACCACCCACAUGCUUUCCAGCAUUUCCAUAGCAGCUCGCCCCACCCCUCGCACCGGUCCUCCGACAGAAUGACUCUGCGCUCGCACAACGAGGGCACCUCCACGGCCUUGGAACAUGAAACGGACAUGAGCCAGCACCGUCAUGGAGGCCCCGAUGAGGAGGGUUCGCCUCCGCCUCGCUAUACCCCGGAAACCGACCCGUUCCACCUGGCAUCCAAGCUGAAGACUGAGGAGGAGAUCCGGCAAAUCAAGCCCAAUACCGGCCGCAAGCGCGACUCCCCCAGCAAGACCCCGAAGGUGUUCGAGAUGGUCCGCAGCACGGGCGACAAGGGCAAGCAGGCCCUCACCACCCGCAAGCUACAGGGCUUCUACGAGAACCAGAAUGAGAACAUUGCGCGCAUGCUCAAGCCCGUUGAGGAGCAUGUGCGGGAGGCCCGCGAUUUGAACGAGGAGAACAGUCUAAAGUAUAAGAUUGCCGUGUACGCCAGUUUCGUCGCCAACAUCAUCUUGUGUGUUGUUCAGGUCUACGGUGCUGCUUCGUCCGGUUCGCUGUCCUUGUUCACCACCAUGGCCGACGCCAUCUUCGACCCCAUGUCCAACUUGACUCUUCUCCUUUGUAACAAGGCCGUCAACCGUGUUGACCCGCGCAAGUUCCCCGCCGGCAAGGCCCGUAUUGAAACGGCCGGUAACAUCUGCUUCUGCUGCCUGAUGACUGCUGUUUCUUUAAUUAUUAUCGCUUUCUCCAUCCGCGAGAUCGUCGAGGGCUCGGAAACCCUUCUUGCCGCCUUCCACUUGCCUUCCGUCAUCGCCGUCUCGGUCGCCUUCUUCACCAAACUCGCCCUGUUCAUCUACUGCUUCGCGCUGCGCAACCAGGUUUCGCAGAUUCGCAUUCUGUGGGAGGAUCACCGCAACGACCUGCUUAUCAACGGUAUUGGUGUGAUGACCUCUAUUCUGGGUAGUAAGGUGCGCUGGUGGAUCGAUCCUAUGGGCGCCAUUAUUCUGUCGCUCAUUGUCAGCGGUCUGUGGCUGCACUCUGCCUAUGGCGAGUUCCAACUGUUGAUCGGUGUCACUGCCGACACCAAGAUGCAGCAACUCAUCACUUAUAUCUCCAUGACCCACUCUCCUCUCAUCACGGCCAUUGACACCGUUCGGGCGUACACCUCUGGUCCCCGUCUCCUGGUCGAAGUUGACAUCGUCAUGGAGGCCAACGAGUCCCUGCGUGCGACCCACGAUGUUGCCGAGGAGCUGCAGAUGAAACUGGAGUCUCUGCCGGAUGUUGAGCGUGCGUACGUGCACGUCGACUACGAGACGACUCACAAACCGGAGCACUUCUUGAAGAAGGAGCUCUAA